AUGGAUUCCACGGCUGAUGAGGAGAGGGAGGCGAUCACGGCAUCCAACCUCAAAAGGCAUGUGUCCGUGCUCGAAAAACGUCUGCUGCGCAAUCAGCAGGUGCGUCUGGAACACCCUGAAGAACCGGAACGAUGGGUGAAGUCGGAAGUCGACCUAGAUGAGCAGAUUCGUCUAUUCCGUGACCUAUGCGCUCAGCCUGAGCUUUUCGAGCCAUUCGAAGAGCUCGGCGGUCUGCGCAUCCUGCGCGACGCGCUAUCGCAUCCAAACAUUGACAUCGCAAUGGCUACACUGGCCGUUUUAAAUGAACUGAUCGACCCAGAUGCGCUUGUUCGACUCCCUCGUGCAGAGAAGUUCCUGCGUUCCCUGCAGCAAUUAAGCCUGCACGUGCCGUGUGUUGCGGCGCUGCUGAAGAUUGAGGAGGAUAACUCAGAAGUGGACUAUGAAGGCGUUAAGAGUGCGCUGGAGCUCUUGGAGAGCCUCGUGGAGCUAUUCCCGUCGGUGGAGGGGGACAUGAGCGAAAAUCGCGAACUGCUUCAGUUUUUGUUGCGUCGCAUGAAGGCGAGCAAAACGCUAGAAUACGAUUCGAACCGUGUGCACGCGGGGGAGAUACUGUGUAUUCUCCUGCAGCAUUCAGAGGAGUGCCUGGCGCUGGUGGGCGGACAGGAAUUGGACGGCGUUGAUAAGUUGCUGCGCAUAAUCACGGUAUUCCGCAAAAAGGACCCCGAGGGGGUUGAGGAAGAGGAACUUGUCGAAAACGCUGUUCAGUGUCUCUGCAGAUUGAUGCUUAUACAGUCCAAUCGCUUGAUCUUCGGGAAACUGCAAGGUGUUAAGCUGCUGAUUCGGCUUAUAAAGGAGCGCCGUUCCACAUAUCGCUUGGCGAUAACGCUGCUAGAUUACGCCCUGAUGGAUUGCCCGGAAAACUGUGCGCUCUUCGUUUCUGGGCUCGGGCUCAAGUGCAUAUUUAGCGUGUUGAUGCGAAAGGGAGUGCGCACUAAACCAGGAUCGGAGGAUGAGAAACGCGAGGAUGAACACGUCUUAGGAGUGAUCCACUCGCUGUGCACGCACAGCUCUGGAACGGAGCUCGCUCGAGUGAUGAACAAGUUCGUCGAGCACAAAUACGAAAAAUUGGAGCGGUUAAUCGAGCUACACGAGAAGUACACUGCGCUAAGCCGAGCCGCGGCCAAGAAAACUCAGGAUCGCAGCGGAAGCGCACGUUCCUUGUACUCAGCUCUGCAGCUGAAUGAGGAUAACCAAGAGUACCUGGAACGCUACGAAGCGGGGCUCUCAAUAUGCCAGCUGGUGGAUUGCAUUAUAUUGCGUCUGUACAACAUGGGCAACUCGAACCUCAGUUCGUGCCUCCUGGUACUCCUACACAACAAGGGUGUCAAUAUACAGGACAUAUACAACAAUAUCUCUGACUAUCUAGAGCACUUAGACGAAGGAGCCAAGGACACUCGAGAGAAGGUGGACCGGUUGCUGAAGACCUUCUUAACCGGCGCCAGCGAUAGCGGACUCUUCGAGUGA